GAGAGGAGGCAGGAGAGGGAAGCAAGGCAGCAGAAAGGGAAUCAGGUCACACUGGGACGGCCAGAAAGCAAGUCGAGGAGGAGAAAAGUGUGUUUGCAGAUCAAAUCAGAACGCAAAGAAAGAAGUUUUACCCCCAUCUUUCUUUCAUCUCUUUUUACUUGGCACUUACUUUCCAUCUUCGCUUUGGAUUCCUCUUCCUUGGAUCACUCUUUCCUUGCUUUAUAUUGCUCUCCAAGGACUGCUGACACACUGCCGCCAUGGAAACCGGCAGCCCCAGGAAGAUACAGUUCACCGUCCCGCUGCUGGACACCCACCUGGACCCUGAGGCGGCUGAACAGAUUAGAAGACGUAGACCAACACCUGCAACUCUCGUGGCAUCCAGUGAUCAGUCAUCCCCAGAAAUCGACGAGGACCGUCUGCCUAACCAGUUGUACAAGGCGGCUUUGUUGAACUCCCCUCGCCAGCGGCGGAAAGGACAAAAGGGAACGCCGACAAUGAAGGAGUUGCAGUUCCUGGUCGAGCAUCACUUGUACAGGCAGCAGCACGGGGGAAGCGACGAGUGCUCCUCCGAGAGUUGUCUGUCGGACCGGCCCAGCCCCGACGCCAUUGCAGUUGGGGAGGAGCUUCCGUGUGACGACGAAAUCACGGCUGAAGCCUUUGAGAAGCUGCGCUGCCAAAUGGAAGAGUUCUCCAGGGAGAGUCUGUCCGACGUGGCUGGCAGCGGCGGAUUAGAGCUCCCCCUUCCUAAAGACGAUGAUAAAUGCUCCAGCCCUGCUCUCUCGGAUCCGUCAGCGCAACUAAACAACGCACAAGCAGGCACAAAAGCAGCAACAUGCCUCACCAGGCAACCCUCCGAUGAGAAGACAAAGAAAAUCGGCUCGGAGACAGAAAUAUGAAUGGAAAAUUAUAAUUUUUUUGUGUGCAUCACAAUGCUGCUCCUUCUUCUCAGCAAGCGCGACAGAAGAUUGUGCAUACACGUUCACUUUUUAGCCACAUCAGGACACUCCUUGGGGCCUCUGUUAACAGCCUUAAAACAACUAUUUGUGUGCUCAAAAAAGCAUUUGCUCAGUUUCUUUUCUGUUCUUAAUAUAAACUGAAAAAUCCUGUGUUUGAAACCAGUUGUGAUGUGCUAGAAAGUCAAUGAGAAGUAACUUGCGUAAUUUUAAUCGAGCGCCAUGUUGGUUUUAUUUGACCUACUUACUUAUAUACACAUAUAUAUAUAUAUAUAUAUAUAUAUAUAUACAUAUAUAUAUAUAUAUAUAUAUACAAACCCCGUUUCCAUAUGAGUUGGGAAACUGUGUUACAUGUAAAUAUAAACGGAAUACAAUGAUUUGCAAAACAUUUUCAACCCAUAUUCAGUUGAAUGCACUACAAAGACAAGAUAUUUGAUGUUCAAACUCAUAAACUUUAUUUUUUUUUUACAAAUAAUAAUUAACUUAGAAUUUUAUGGUUGCAACACGUACCAACGUAGUUGCAACACGUACCAACGUAGUUGCAACACGUACCAACGUAGUUGCAUGUUCAAAACUGUGUUACGUCACCUUUUCGUUUAACAACACUCAAUAAACAUUUCGGAACUGAGGAAACAAAUUGUUGAAGCUUUGAAAGUGGAAUUCUUUACCAUUCUUGCAUGAUGUACAGCUUAAGUUGUUCAACAUUCCAUGGUCUUGUUGUCGUUUUUUACGCUUCAUAUUGCGCCACACAUUUUCGAUGGAAGACAUGUCUGGACUGCAGGCGGGCCAGGAAAGUACCCGCACUCUUUAACUACGAAGCCACGCUGUAGUAAAACGUGGCUUGGCAUUGUUUUGCUGAAAUAAGCAGGGGCGUCCAUGAUAACGUUGCUUGGAUGACAACAUAUGUUGCUCCAAAAUCUGUAUGGACCAUUCAGCAUUAAUGGUCCCUUCACAGAUGUGUAAGUUACCCAUGCCUUGGGCACUAAUACACCCCCAUACCAUCACAGAUGCUGGCUUUUAAACUUGCACCUAUUACAAUACGGAUGGUUAUUUUCCUUUUUGUUCCGGAAGACACCACGUCCACAGUUUCCAAAUAUAAUUUAAAAUGUGGACUCGUCAGACCACAGAACACUUUUCCACUUUGCAUCAGUCCAUCUUAGAUGAGCUCGGGCCCAUCGAAGUCGGCGGCGUUCUUGGGUGUUGUUGAUUAAUAGCUUUUGCUUUGCAUAGUAGAGUUUUAAUUUGCGCUUACAGAUGUAGCGACCAACUGUAGUUACUGACAGUGGUAUUAUGAAUUGUUCCGGAACCCAUGUGGUGAUAUCCUUUACACACUGAUGUAAGUUUUUGAUGCAGUACCGCCUGAGGGAUCAAAGGUCCAUAAUAUAAUCGCUUAUGUGCAGUGAUUUCUCCAGAUUCUCUGAACCAUUUGAUGAUCUUAUAGACGGUAGAUAGUAAAAUCCCUAAAUUCCUCGCAAUACCUCAUUGAGAAGUGUUGUUCCAAAACUGUUUGACAGUUUGCUUACAAAUUGGUGACCCUUGCCCCAUCCUUGUUUGUGAAUUACUUAGGAUUUCAUGGAAGUUGCUUUUAUACCCAAUCAUGGCACCCACCUGUUCCCAAUUAGCCUGCACACCUGUGGGAUGUUCCAAAUAAGUGUUGAUGAGCAUUCCUCCACUUUAUCAGUAUUUAUUGCCACCUUUCCCAACUUCCUUGUCACAUGCUGCAGGCAUCAAAUUCUAAAAUAAAUGAAUAUUUGCAAAAAAAAAAAUGUUUAUCAGUUUGAACAUCAAGUAUGUUGUCUUUGUAGCAUAUUUAACUGAAUAUGGGUUGAAAAAGAUUUGCAAAUCAUUGUAUUCUGUUUAUAUUUACAUCCAACACACUUUCCCAACUCAUAUGGAAACGGGGUUUGUACAUAUAUAUAUAUAUAUAUAUAUG